AUGGAAAAGAAGAUAAUUGAAUUCAUUUAGGAUUGUCAAACUAAUAUUGGAAAUUGCUAAGAUCUUUCUUAAAUGGAAGAAAUAGUUCAUCAACUUAUCUCAAUUGUUUGUAUGAGUUAUUAUAAUAUUCAAGACUUUCUUAUUGAAUAAGGACAAUAAACUUUUGAAGAGGAAAAAUAAAAAUAUUAGACUCUAAAUUAAGAGUUUUUUAACUUAUAAGAUCUCUAUAAAGAAGCAUUAUAGGAAAUUGAGGCACUCAAAGUCCACCAUAAAUAAGAUGUGGAGGAAUUCUCAAUAAUAGAGGAUAGAUUGAUAAAAUAAGAAUACUUCAUUGAAAAGGAGAAGGAUGAAUAACUUUAUAAAAUGAAAUCAAGCACAAAUGAAAUGAUGAAAUCAUUGAGAAUUCAAUAAUUUUAAUUAGAAAAUGUAAAAAAAUAAAAUGAAGACCAGUAAAUGGAGAUAAAAGAACUAAAGAAACUAUUAGUACAACAAUAAUAGUCCGAUAUUGCACCUGCCGCUGUUCAAGAAGAAUCUAACCUACAAACAUAACUAAUUAUUAAGGGAAUAACAAGUAGAUCUUCUUGUGGAAGUGUUAAAAUAAAAUAAUAAGGAAGUUGUUCAAGCAUAGAAUUAAAUCAGCAAUCCAUUUAAAAAGAAAAUGUUUAAACAGAAAAUUGCUCUUAAACCAUUCUAUGUGGAAGUAGUCUUAAAGAAUCUGGUCAUAUUAUGAAAUACACUCAUUGUCAUUCUAAAAAUUAAAGCAUAAAUUGGGUUAAGUUAGCCACAAUUGCUUAAACACAAUAAUCUAUAUCAUCCAACAGUGACGAUGAAGAUUCAGUCUGCCAAAAGUCUGUACGGAGGUUAUCGAAAGAUUUGAGCACUGGAUACGAGCCCUUUUUAUUUGGCAGCAGAAACCCAUAUAAGGAUUAUUAUACUUUGGUAAUUUAGAUGAAUAUUUCCUAGAUAAGCCAAUCAGUCAAAUUGAACCUAAAUCAGACCAAAUAUUAUGUUGUAAAUGUAGACAUGCUCUACGAUUAAUUUUUGGCUGAAGGUGUUCCAUUCCAUAAAUGGUAUAACAAAAUAAAAGAUUAUAUUUUAAGAUAAGUGGUAUGA